CCCCGUAUUGGUAUUCUCAGGGGACCUGGAGAUGUCGAAAUUCUGAGUAGGGUGAUUGUAUUUAUCUGAAGUAACGCCUGGGAAUGAACGAGAAGCAAAGUAGCUAUAGUAGUUUCGCUCUGCUAAGUAGAUACAUUUUAAUGCUGUAGUUUGACUAUUAGCUACCUCAGUUGAUUUCAUGUUAUAUUGAAAUGUUCCGAAAUUAGAGAGGAGAGGCUUCUCUCCACGGCCCGAGGACAGAACAUGGCGGAAUGCUCGGCCAGGAUAUAGCUAGCUAGCAGCUAGCUAGCUCAAUAAUAUCAACAGUAACACUCACAGCUAGCUAGCGAGCUAGACAAUGAUACAUCAUAUAUAAACGUACAUUUGUCUUAUAGUCUUUUACCGAAACCAGCUGCGUCUUUGUGAAAAGAAUGAAUUGGACUCCUUUCUUUGAUUGUGGUCUAUUGCUGUUUCAGAAUAUGAGAUAGCAAGGUAGUUAGCUAACUAGCUGGUUGCUAGCUGUCUUUACAAGGCGGCUAACUAGCCACCUAACGUUAGCUAGAAUCAGGGCACCCGAUAAUUCUACCGUUCUGAAAUUUCUCUCAUGUAAUCCCAUAUCCCAUCAGUACAUGCGUGCUUAUCGUGGCCUGUUUUUAAUUAAUACUUGAGCUAGAGGCUGCUUUUAUUCAUUUAAAAGGAAAGAGUAAUUGGGUGGCUCGCCUGUUUGUUUUUGAAAGUGAAUCGAAGUACCCUCGCUAGAAUAGGCGUACUCUUCGUUGACCUGAAACGAGUGUAUGUCGGGGUACGGUUUGUUAGAAAGCUGGAUAACUAGCUACAUGCUGUUAUAUUUUCCUGAGAAGUCUCGUUAGGUAGCCUAACUAGUGCUGCGAUAAAACGUCGGAGAGUGAUCUUGGACAGCACUGCAGUGCAAGACCGAGGGGUGUAAGACAGAAGAAACUUUUCGGUAACGUUAUACCAAACAGCCAAGUGGAUCUGCAGAAUGACAGAUACUCGCAGACGAGUGAAGGUUUACACCCUUAACGAGGACCGGCAGUGGGACGAUCGGGGAACCGGGCACGUCUCGUCCGGUUACGUUGAGAGGCUGAAAGGCAUGUCCUUGCUGGUUCGUGCCGAAAGUGACGGUUCUCUACUUCUGGAGUCAAAAAUAAACCCCAACACUGCUUACCAGAAACAACAGGACACAUUGAUAGUAUGGUCAGAAGCAGAAAACUAUGAUUUGGCCCUGAGUUUCCAGGAGAAGGCAGGGUGUGAUGAGAUCUGGGAGAAAAUAUGCCAGGUCCAGGGCAAAGACCCAUCGGUGGACAUCACCCAGGAGCUGGUGGACGAGUCGGAGGAGGAGCGCUUCGACGACAUGUCCUCCCCGGGCUUGGAGCUGCCGCCUUGUGAGCUGAGCCGGCUGGAGGAGGUGGCAGAGCUGGUGGCCUCCUCAUUGCCCUCACCCCUCCGGCGUGAGAAGCUGGCACUUGCGGUGGAAAAUGAGGGCUACAUAAAGAAGCUCCUGGAGCUGUUUCAUGUGUGUGAGGACCUGGAGAACCGGGAGGGCCUCCACCACCUCUAUGAGAUCAUUAAGGGGAUCUUCCUUCUCAACCGUACCGCACUCUUUGAGGUCAUGUUCUCGGAGGAAUGCAUUAUGGAUGUGAUUGGCUGCUUAGAGUUUGACCCUGCCCUCCCCCAGCCACGAAGACACAGGGAGUUCCUGACUAAGACUGCCAAGUUCAAGGAGGUCAUCCCCAUUUCUGACCCAGAGCUCAAGCAGAAAAUCCACCAGACGUACCGGGUGCAGUACAUUCAGGACAUGGUCCUCCCCACCCCUUCAGUCUUUGAGGAGAACAUGCUGUCCACUCUCCACUCCUUUAUAUUUUUUAAUAAAGUGGAAAUUGUUGGAAUGUUGCAGGAUGAUGAAAAGUUCCUGACAGACCUUUUUGCACAACUAACUGAUGAAGCUACUGAUGACGACAAGAGACACGAGCUGGUAAACUUUCUUAAGGAAUUCUGUGCAUUUUCUCAAACGUUACAACCUCAAAACAGAGACGCAUUCUUCAAAACAUUGUCAAACAUGGGCAUACUACCAGCACUAGAAGUCAUAUUGGGAAUGGAGGAUGUUCAGGUACGCAGUGCUGCCACAGAUAUCUUCUCCUACCUGGUGGAAUACAACCCUUCCAUGGUGCGGGAGUUUGUGAUGCAGGAGUCCCAGCAGAACGAUGAUGACAUCCUUUUGAUCAACCUGAUCAUCGAGCACAUGAUCUGUGACACGGACCCAGAGUUAGGGGGCGCCGUUCAGCUCAUGGGUCUGCUGCGAACGCUUGUAGACCCAGAGAACAUGCUUGCUACUGCCAACAAAACGGAGAAAACGGAAUUCCUGAGCUUCUUCUACAAGCACUGUAUGCAUGUGCUCUCUGCCCCGCUACUGGCCAAUACCACUGAAGAGAAACCUAGCAAAGAUGAUUUCCAGACGUCACAACUGCUGGCUCUGAUUCUGGAGUUGCUGACCUUCUGUGUGGAACAUCAUACCUACCACAUAAAAAACUACAUCAUCAACAAGGACAUUCUGCGCCGAGUCCUGGUGCUCAUGGGCUCCCAGCAUGCCUUUCUUGCACUCUGUGCACUUCGUUUCAUGAGGAAGAUCAUCGGCCUGAAAGAUGAGUUUUACAACCGCUACAUCAUGAGGAACUUUCUUUUUGAGCCAGUGGUGAAAGCCUUCCUGAACAACGGCUCACGCUACAACCUCAUGAACUCUGCCAUAAUAGAGAUGUUUGAAUACAUCAGAGUGGAGGACGUGAAGUCUCUAACUGCCCACAUAAUUGAGAACUACUGGAAAGCACUUGAAGAUGUGGACUACGUGCAGACAUUCAAAGGGCUGAAGCUACGCUACGAGCAGCAAAGAGAGAGGCAAGACAAUCCCAAACUGGACAGCAUGCGCUCCAUCCUGCGGAAUCAUCGCUACCGCCGGGAUGCCCGCACACUUGAGGACGAGGAGGAGAUGUGGUUCAACACAGAUGAGGACGACCUGGAGGAUGGAGAGGCCGUGGUCCCACCUUCUGACAAGAUGAAGAGUGAAGAAGACCUCAUGGACCCCAUCAGCAAGUUUAUGGAGAGGAAGAAAUUGAAAGACUCUGAGGAUAAGGAAGUACUGGGGAAGUCAAACCUGUCUGGUCGCCAGAGCCCCAGCUUCAAGCUGUCCUUCUCGAGCACCACUAAGUCCAGCCUCACCAGUCCUGCCCCUUCCAGCCACCACCCAGGGUCACCUGGGUCGCCUGGAUCUCCGGGCUCUGCAGGGUCCCCUGGCUCACCUAGCUCUGGAGCCAAGAAUUCGCCCCCAACGGCAGCUAUCACAACCAAGGGUGGUUUGGUCGGGCUGGUGGACUACCCUGACGAUGACGAUGAGGAGGAAGACGACACAGAGGAUAAGGAGGAAAGCCCACCCUUGUCUAAGAAGUCCAAGGUGUGCUCCUAAAACAGGCCUCUCUGUGGGCAUGAACAGCACCCCCCCACCCCCCAAAGCUGGAAUGUGCCACAGGACGGGGUCUCAAAAAACCAUUACAGAAAGCAGCCAGGGGAAGGGGGGAAGCACUCGUAAUAACAAAGUAUAAUUGCAGUCCACUUUUUUUUCCUUUGUUUUUUAAUUAUGGUAGUGAGGUGUGGGGAGAAACGGAAUCUGGGGGACAAAACCAUCUCGUGGAAUUCUUUAGUUCAAAGUGCCAAUUUGAGGAGGAAGAAGCAGGAGAGAAACGGAAGACCAUUCUCACCAUUCUCUAACACUGCAAAGAAACAAAACGGGGUGGAAAAGCUGAAGGGGAAAAAUAGAAACUGACACGCCUGUAAGGUGCUGUAGGGUUCGGACCACACUCACUGCCCCCUACUCAGGGAUGGACCACAUAGCAACCCAAAAGAGCCUGUGAAUCCAGAAAUACCAUUCGACCUUCACUGACUCAACUUUAUCUUUUUGUUUUUUUAUUUUGUUUUUGUUUUCUUUUUUCCCUGUACCCUUAUUUUUCCCCUUUUGGACCAGACAUAGUCAACUGGAAGAAGAUCAAGGCUGUUGUUACUGAUGUCAUUAUUUUAAAUCCAGCAUAAAUUCUUCCUCUGAUAUGCCAGCAGUCUUCUCUCUUUUUUUUUUUUUUGUUCGAUGAGAAAAAUAAAAGACCUGCCUUUAAAUGUUCAGGAUGUUUUAAGUUGCACUUGAACAGGUUUUAUAAAACGUCUGUAUGGGGAAUAGCCUCUUGUUUUAUCUAUUUCUGUUUUUGCCCUUUGAAACUGCAGAUUUUGGAAAUUUGUCAUCCCUUCUUGAUUAAAGAUUGAGUGGAAUUCUAGAUGUGAUUAUUUUGUCAUAUCUUUUUUUUUCAUGUGUGUGCUUUUAGUUAAGUAUAUUUGGGACCAUUCUGAAAAGAUAUGAUGUAAUAUAAUUCACUAUUGUGCUGGUACCUGCAUUGUUUUAAUUUUGCUUUCUUUUUUCUGUCCUGCACCUCAAGGUGAUCCAGUUGUAAUGAGUCUGCUAAAGCAAUGCAUCCAGUAGCAAUACUAUUUUGUGACUGAAUAUUUUAUAUUGAAAAAGAAAAAUGUGAAAAUGCCACCCAUUACAAUAAAAGAGUGUAAAAUUUCUCACACAGUAA